AGACGACCAACUAACAAAGCAAAAUACCUACCCAAAAGAACACAGUUGAAAAAUCGAAUUAACCAGUUAAUAUUACCAGAAAUUAUUGUAUUGUUCUAAUAUUUAUUUGUUAUUAUAAUUAUUUAACUGUUAAUAUAAUCCACAAUGUCGGAGAGAAAAGUGUUAAACAAAUACUAUCCACCGGACUUCGAUCCGUCCAAAAUCCCUCGCAUGAAACUGGCGAAAAAUCGCCAAUAUACAGUACGUCUUAUGGCUCCUUUCAACAUGCGUUGUGCUACUUGUGGCGAAUAUAUAUACAAAGGGAAGAAAUUUAAUGCUAGGAAGGAAGAUGUGGAAAAUGAAGACUAUCUUGGUAUAAGAAUUUAUAGGUUUUAUAUAAAGUGUACAAGAUGUCUGCAGGAGAUAUCAUUUAAGACAGAUCCCAAGAACACAGACUAUGAAAUAGAGGCAGGGGCUACACGAAAUUUUAUGGCACUUAAGUUGGCUGAGGAGCAGGCGAAGCGGGAGGAAGAGGAACAGAAGGAAGAAGAGGCUAACAACCCUAUGAAGUUGUUAGAAUACAGAACAGAGCAGUCACGACAAGAGAUAGAGCUCUUAGAAAGUCUAGAAGAAUUAAAGGAGUUGAACCGUCGCCAACGCGCUGUUGACUACGAGGGAAUGCUUAAACAGUACCAACCUGAGACGGCCGAUGAAAGGAGAGCACGGGAGGAGAAAGAAGAUGAUGAGUUCAUCAAGUCAGUAAAAUUUAACAAACCAUCAACAAACAAAGUGGUUGCUGAAGAAAUAAUAGAAGAAGUUGUUGAUAAAGAUGAGCCACCAGCGAAAUCGUCGAAAAUAGAAGUAGUGCCAAAGAGUAGUGGAAUAAAGAAGGUAGAAGCAUGGAACAAAAGUAUUGGAGUUUUAUCAAAGAAAUCUGCAAUGGCUAAUUUGGUCAGAAGUAAGAAGAAAGAGUCACCACCUGAAAUAGGGAAAAUUGCAGCUACCUCAAAAUCAGAUGCGUCCACAACAGAGAAUGUAAAGCCCAGUAUAGAAAUUCCAAAGCCUUCUGGACUAUCAUUGUUGGCAGACUAUUCUGGAAGUGACAGUGAUUCAUAGUGAGUGGUAUUUAUUUUGUUAAUUAAGUUUAAAAUAAGUAAAAUAAUAAAGUUAGGUAUUUUAUAUUUUUAUUCUAGAAACUUAA